UUUUUGUCAGAUUCGUGGUUUGAGAGUAUUGUGAGCGAGUGAUCUCCUUUCUGAGUCCCCAUUCCCCUCUCACACUCUCUCUCUCACUCCCAGUUUUUAUUCUGCCUUUACUCUCUCUGUCUCCCCACUCUCGCUCCUGCGCUCACAUAGUAACUCCUCCCCCCCACUACCCAUUGUCUCUCCAUACAGUAUUAGGCUGAGGGGAUGCCAUACUCUUUCCGGCGAGGGACGCAGGAGAGGGAGAAGGAGAUGUUAGGAAAGGAUCACUCACCUCUUCUACCUGCACUAGGCGGACGCACCACUAAAGUGAGAAUGCAGCAGCAGCAGCAGCAGGAUGGACCAGAGAGACAACUCCAACAGCAAGCAAAGCCCAGGUUAAACCUGGAGGACAAAGGACGAGGAGGAGUAUACAGAGAUGCCCGACCCGAGUGGUUUGACCGAUGAUGAGCUCAAGGCCGCACUGCUCGAACACGGGUUUAAAGCUGGGCCCAUAGUCGAGACCACCAGAGCCCUGUAUGAGAAGAAGCUGAGGAAACUGCUCCAGUCCAAUGGACGUGGCUGUCUGAAUGGAGUAGAGAAAGGUGUUUUAUACUCUGACGAUGAAGAAGAAGAGGAGGAGGACAAAGAAUUGGGUUCCGAAGAAGAAGAAGAAGAAGAAAAGACAGUUAAAGAGUCAGACCAGGCACAACAAGGGAGUAGCCAGGUAGAGUUGUGUUUUCAGAACGGUGGUUUUGUUUACCCGCAGUGCUUUUUACCCUCAUCAAGGCUGCAAGCUCAUGCUUCCAGAAACAGUGAACCUAGUCCCAAGUGGAAUUCAGGGAAUGCGGUACAAUCAUCGGAGCAAAGUCGGCCUCGCUGCUCACAGAUUUCAGUAGGAAUUAGUAGAGCAUCCUCUGUAGAUCAGCACUCGGGAUUAGGAUCAGGGUUUCCACCUGGAUCCCAAUCAGUUAUGCCCAAUGCUGAAUCAUCAAUGUCCUCUCAGGCCUUCAGCAUCACUCACAUGGUUGAGGAGAUGGAAAGUCGGAGAUCACUCUCUACUAGCUCAGACACUGAGAGAGAGUGGACUGGGAGCAAUGUGCAGAAACAUUGGUCGCGGUCCAACAGGCUGGACAUGUCAAUUGUGGACACUAUGAAGAACCAGUCCCUGUACUACACUCCCAAGGCAUCUCCUUACAAAAGGAAAAUGAAGCUUCCUCAGGAGCCUGUUAAGGAUACCAUUAAGAACAUGUUUCCAAACACUGACGCCAUGACCCCAGGGAUCUACGCUACUCGUCGGAGACCUAUCAAGGGCGCAGCAGGGAGACCUGUCCAGUAUGCAUACCCAGUCACUCCUGUCAGUCCCAUGACCCUGGAAAAACGAGAGGUGGAGCGCCGCCUUGUGCCCAUUCAGAUACAGAUUUUGGUCUUCCUUAUAGUGACAUGUCUUCUGUACUUCAUUUAUGUCUGUGUUGAGGACAACUCAUUCAGUUCAGCUGUUGCCUUACUGGACAGUCUUUACCAACAGUCAGACAGUCAGGAGGGGCUUUUGCUUCAGGCUGAGACACAGGACGUACCAGCUCUCUCUGGACAGGAUUAACUGUGUUUUUUAAUCCUCUACAUUGACUUACAUGUGAGGGUUGAUAUUUUUUUUUUUGGGUGAUGCAAACCAUAAGGACCUUGUAUUGGGAUAUCUUCAGGGGACCCAUAUUGCUUUAUAAUUGACUAUUUGUGUGUCUGUGCUAACCAUAAAGUCUAGUUUUACAGUUCUGUUUUUCUAAUGGAUAUGUUACCAAAGUGCUCUUAAUAGUGUAGUUGAAACAAUUGCUAAAACAUGGAAAUUAAGUUGAGACUUUAGAUUUUCUCAAAUGUAUUACAAAUAAUUCUAUAAAUGUAUUAAAUGUACUUACCCACAUUGUGUAAUAUCAUGGUUGCUUUUCAGUGAAUCUGUGUUACUGUACGUGUAGCCUGUGUAUUUUUUAAACAUUUGAAUUUUCAAUAAAGUUUUGCCUCAUAG